CGAAAUGCGGCGUCGAAGGAAACUCGGUCAGCUGAGUGUCGGCCAAUGUGACGUCUUGAGAGUGCAAAAAAAUCGGUUCGGAAGCAAAAUGUGAACUUUACUACCGUGUUGCAAGCAAUUCUUAUCACAAACGCAUGAUUUAUGAGUUUCCUACUCUGAUAAGAAGUCCAUAAAUCAAGUGGAGGCCGUUGUGGAGCAUUCGUGCAUUUUUUGCGCUCGAUGAAGCGUGUCUUGAAAAAAAAUGUGAAGUUCCAGAGUGAAGAAGAAUAGGGCCAUGGAUAUGCCUCUGAAGGACUUUGAGAUGAGUGAUUCAGAGACAGAACUGCUGCUUGAUGGCCAAAGUGAUGUGAACUAUUCAGUAAAUACGCGGCUAUUCCGCAACAGACGCAGAAGGACAUCUUUCUGGUCGUGCUGCAAAUGGCUCUGUUGUGGAUGCUGGUGGUGGCUGUGGCGAAAGUGGUUCUCCGCGAAGGAGUUCCGCUCCCGGACGGUGCACAUCGGGAAGCACUGCGACGAGAAGUUCCCUCCCAAUGAGAUCCGGAAUCAGAAAUACAACAUUAUCACAUUUCUCCCUUUGGUGCUAUUCGAGCAAUUUCGCUUCUUCCUCAAUCUCUAUUUUCUCAUCAUGGCACUGAGUCAGUUCAUUCCGGACAUCAGGAUCGGCUAUCUGUACACCUACUGGGGACCAUUGGGCUUCGUUCUCACCGUAACCAUUUGCCGCGAGGCGGUGGACGACAUGCGACGCCACCAGCGCGAUCGCGAGGUGAACUCUCAGAAGUAUAGACGCCUCGUGGGAGCAGACAGGGUGCCAGAGAUGGUGCCAUCGUCCAAGCUGAAGGUCGGCGACAUCAUCAUCGUGGAGAAGGACGAGAGGGUACCAGCAGAUCUGGUCUUGCUGCGAACUAGUGACCGAAGUGGGGCGGUUUUCGUGCGCACUGAUCAACUGGAUGGCGAGACGGAUUGGAAGCUGAGGCUGGCAGUGCCGGCGACACAGAAGCUGGCUAGUGACUCCGACCUCUUCAACCAAGGCGCUAGUAUCUACAUUGAGAAGCCACAAAGAGAUAUUCACUCGUUCAUUGGGACCUUUUCGAAGCAGGAAGGCUCGGAGGAGGAGAGUCUGGACGUGGAAAAUACUCUGUGGGCCAACACAGUGGUGGCGGCGGGCACGGCCACGGGAAUUGUCGUGUACACAGGCAGUGAGACGCGCAGUGUGAUGAACAAUUCGCAGCCACGAUCGAAGAUUGGUCUGCUGGAUCUGGAGAUCAAUGGCCUGACGAAGGUGCUGUUCUGCGCCGUGAUGGGACUCGCGCUGGCGAUGAUGUGUCUCAAGGGAUUCAAUGGGCCGUGGUAUCGAUACAUGUUCCGCUUCGUCUUGCUCUUCUCCUACAUCAUUCCCAUCAGUUUGCGCGUGAAUCUGGAUAUGGGCAAGGCCUUCUACUCGUGGCAGAUACAGAAUGAUCAGGAGAUAAGUGGCACUGUGGUGCGUUCCACGACAAUUCCCGAGGAGUUGGGCAGAAUCUCGUACUUGCUGACGGACAAGACGGGCACGCUGACACAGAAUGAGAUGGUGUUCAAGAAGAUUCACUUGGGCACCGUGGCGUAUGGGAAUGAUUCGUUCGACGAGGUGGCGUCUACCAUUCAGAGUAUUAAUUCGCAGCAAAACCAGCCGGAUGUGACGACAAGGAGCAGCGCCAUGUUUGCCACCACGCGAAUGAGACGCCCUGAGGGUUGGAGGGCGUGGGAGGCGGUUAAGGCGUUGGCGCUCUGUCACAACGUCACACCUGUUUACGAUGCAGAUAACAAGCAUGGAAAUAGUGAGAAAGAUUCGCCCACUCGAUCGAUUGACAUUGAAGUGCCGGGGAAGCGUGAGGUGGUCUAUCAAGCGUCCAGUCCUGAUGAAAUCGCCCUGGUUAAGUGGACAGAACAGGUGGGCUUGGCUCUGGUGGCGCGUGAUCUGCAAUCUAUCACACUGCAGCUGCGUGGAUCGCAGUUUGGCAAGAGUGCAUCCACGAGGAAGUUCACGGGUGAUGGGGGAAGUAUUGAUACAACGGUGACGAAUUUGUCUGCGGAAGGAUCUCGUGUGGAUCUGAAUUCACCAUCGAGUAGCAGCACGACAUCAUUGAACUCAUUUCUCGGUGGUAAUCUGAUGCGCUUCCAGAUUCUCCAGGUGUUCCCAUUCACGAGCGAGAGCAAACGAAUGGGCAUUAUUGUGAAGGAUCUGUCGAGUGGCGAGAUUACGUUCUAUCUGAAGGGUGCCGAUGUGGUGAUGUCUUCAAUUGUGCAGUACAACGAUUGGCUAAGUGAGGAGAGUGGCAAUAUGGCGCGCGAGGGCUUGAGGACACUCGUGGUGGCAAAGAAGGUGUUCACGGAGGAGCAGUACAACGAUUUUGAGACGCGCUACAAUGCGGCCAGGUUGAGUGUGACGGAUCGCUUCACAAAAGUGGCGGCGGUGAUUGAGUCUCUGGAGCGUGAGAUGGAGUUGCUGUGUCUCACGGGUGUGGAGGAUCGUCUGCAGGAUCGUGUGCGUCCCACGUUGGAAUUGCUGCGGAAUGCCGGCAUCAGGAUUUGGAUGCUGACGGGUGAUAAGCUGGAGACGGCAACGUGUAUUGCCAAGAGUAGUCAUCUGGUGGGGAGGAAUCAGGGUCUCCAUGUGCUGAAGAGUGUUCUCACGCGUACUGACGCUCAUCUGGAGUUGAAUCAGUUCCGACGGAAGCAGGAUUGUGCGCUGGUGGUGUCCGGGGAGAGCUUGGAGGUGUGCCUGCAGUACUAUCAGCACGAGUUCAUGGAGCUGGCCACGGCCUGUCCUGCCGUGGUGUGCUGCCGCUGCAGUCCCACGCAGAAGGCGGAGGUGGUCUCCCUGAUUCAGCGGUACACGGGAAAGAGGACGUGCGCCGUGGGCGACGGUGGGAAUGACGUGAGCAUGAUCCAACAGUCAGAUGCGGGUGUGGGCAUUGAGGGCCGCGAAGGGAGACAGGCUUCUCUGGCUGGUGACUUUAGUAUUCCUCAGUUUGCCCACAUUGCCCGGUUGCUGCUCGUCCACGGCAGACGAUCGUACAAGAGAUCAGCCGCUCUGUCGCAAUUCGUCAUUCACCGUGGCCUCAUCAUAUCCACCAUGCAGGCAGUCUUCUCGGCCGUCUUCUAUCUGUCCUCCGUGCCGCUCUAUCAGGGCUUCCUGAUGGUCGGCUAUGCCACACUGUACACCAUGUUCCCUGUGUUUUCGCUUGUGCUGGAUCAGGACAUCAGUGCCCACAUUGCCGUGACAUAUCCGGAACUGUACAAGGAGUUGUCCAAAGGACGCAGUCUCAGCUACAAGACAUUCUUCAUGUGGGUCCUCAUAAGCAUCUAUCAAGGUGGUGUUAUAAUGUACGGAGCACUUGUGCUCUUCGAGGACGAAUUUAUUCACAUUGUAGCAAUAAGCUUCUCGGCACUCAUUCUCACUGAGCUGAUAAUGGUAGCUCUGACGAUAAGGACAUGGCACAGACUAAUGGUUAUCGCAGAGAUCUUCAGUCUGAUCCUCUAUCUCAUCUCUCUGGCAGUUCUACAUGAGUAUUUCGAUUGGGAAUUUAUUUGGUCAUACGACUUCGCAUGGAAAGUGUCAGUUAUCACGCUAGUAUCAUGUUUGCCUCUGUACAUUAUAAAAUUCCUGCGUAAGAAGUUCUCACCGCCGUCAUAUUCGAAGUUAACGUAGAGCGAGAGAGUAAGAGAGACAGAAAAAAGGGGUUUAAGAAGAGUCGUGAGAACGUGCAACAUUACUAUAUGUGUUAACUUUUUGUAUUAAAAGAGAAAUAAGAGAGAAUAACCCCAAAAAUAUAUUUUAAAUGAACACACAAAUAUUGACUGAUUUGUUUAUUCUUUAAUUAUCAUUGAAUGAAUAUUUAGAUUUUGUAUUAAAAAGAUGAACAGUGAUCGAAAUCAGUCUUAACUGCACACAAAGCUUUUCCUCACCAAUUUAUCUUUAAAAAAAAAUCAAUUCCCAUAUUUGACGGAUGAGUUUAUACGUGUAUUUUUAUUUAGAUGUUUAAUAUCGGAUUGAAGAAGUACAUUUUGUCGAUUUUGUCCCUUUUAUUGUGAUAACGAUGGGAAAGAGAAAAAGAAAAACCUUCUAAAGUUCUAAGAAACGGAUUUAUUUACCUCACAUCACAUUGAGCACCGAUUUAAUCCGCGACAGCACAGAAGACAUGAGAACUGUGCAAAGUGUUGAGGAAAAAAGGAAAAAAAAACUCUUGGAAAAGUCUUCACUAACAUUUAAACUAUGAUUGUAAACUGUAAAGUGUAAGAGAAAGAAAUUAAUAAAUAUAUUUACUGUUAAUUUAUUUAUCCAAGAAGAGAUGAAUUAUAAAUUAAAAAUAAAAGUAAAAUAUUUUUAUUGAUCCUACAACGAAAAGGGAUAUCUUAA